UAAAGCCUCGAGCGCCACUCGGACUUUUAAAGCGUGUUAUAUAACGUGCUUUCCAACUCCUCUCGGAGUGACUACAGACACCAGCCGCGUCGUACACUCCGCCCGACAUCUCUGGAAACUUUCAUCCCACUUCAACGGCUCGCACUUCCGGCAUUUUAACCUCCCGCAGGUGCCGCGCGCUAUGAGCAGUGACGUGUGUUGUUUUGCCGAAGCCCGGCGCGUGGCGAUUUUCGGUGGCACGCACGGGAACGAGAUGUCCGGCAUCAUGCUCGUGUCCAUGUGGACCAAAAACGACUUCGAGAUCCGGAGGAGCAGAGUACACAUCGAGCCCUUCAUAAGCAACCCGAGAGCUGUGGAGAAGUGCGCCAGGUACAUCGACACCGAUUUGAACCGAGCCUUCACAGAGGAAAACCUGAGCACGGCAGGUGGAGACGAGCUGCCGUAUGAAGUUCGGAGAGUCAAGGAAAUCAAUCAGAUAUUUGGACCUAAAGGAAGUCCAGAUGCCUACGAUGUCAUCAUUGACCUCCAUAACACCACAUCCAACAUGGGCUCCACGCUCAUCCUGGAGAGCUCGACAGACCACUUCACCCUUCAGAUGGUGCAUUACAUCAAAAAAGCCAUGGCUCCUGAGAGCUGCAUGGUGCUGCUGACUGAACACCCUCAACUCAAAUAUUCAACCACCCGCUCAGUGGCCAAGCACGCUGUCGGUUUUGAAGUGGGUCCCCAGCCUCAGGGAGUUUUGCGGAGCAAUAUCUUCCAGUCCAUGCGGAUGAUCGUGAAGCACGCUCUGGACUUCAUCGAGAUGUUUAAUAGCGGCGUGGAGUUUCCAGCGUGCCGUGUGGAAGUGUUCAGGGUGCACGAGAGAGUGGAUUACCCAAGAGACACUAACGGCAACAUCAGCGCUAUGGUGCAUCCUCGCUUACAGGAUUGCGAUUGGGAGCCCCUGAACCCCGGUGACCCAAUGUUCCAAACAUUCGACGGGAGGACCAUCGUGUACGAGGGAGCCGGUCCCGUCUACCCGACGUUUAUUAACGAAGCCGCGUACUACGAGAAGAACCAGGCCUUCAUCACAACCUGCAGGGAAACCGUAGCUGUUAAUUCCAUUCGGAAAAGCACCCAAUAACCAUAAAAGCACCCGAUAACCGUGACCAUAAGAAAAAGAAAGUCGAUCUCUAACUGACAGGCAUUCUGCCAUGCCUGAAAACUACAACUACUCUCAUUUAUAUAUAUAUUUAUAUAUAUAUUUACAGUUUUUACAGAAAUGCUUCAUCUAUAAUAAUAAUUCAAACUAAGUCAGGUUAAUGAUUUAUUUACAAUUUCAAAGAAAAGAAAAAAAAGUUGAAUAUUUUUAUAUUAGUUUUAAGGUUUGUCAUAGCUAACCUUUUUUUUUUUUUUUUAAACCGGUAUUUCAUGGUGCAGUUUACAAGAAUAUUUAUAAAAUUCUAACGUUCAAUCACACGCGUUUAUAUUUAUACUUACAUUCCCAGGCAAUUUUUAUACUUUACCAAACGGAACAUGUGAAAUAUGUAAAGCUGUAAAAGCUAUAAAAAUCGACUGACUCGCGUCGUAGCGUUUCGAAAGCUCGUAGCUUCCGGCGCGUUUUUCAACGUGCCUUCGCUGACUUCCUGUAAAGACUCGGAAGCGUGUAUCGCCUACGUAAGGAGUAAAAGGUAUGCGGUGAGGCAUACGUACGGUUGAAUCUGUUACGAACAAGUCGUCAUGUUUUAACUGUUUAUAGUAAUCUUGUGUAGCUAUGCGAAGGAAGUAACGGAGUCGAGUAUUUUAUUGGCCCUGUUUAAGUUUAUCGAGAGCGUUUUUGGGAAGGAAACUGUACGUUCUAUCAAAGUCUGCAGUCAGGUCGCUCGAUCGUUCGGCCAGAAGUCGAUCGUUCGCCGUCGGCCAUCGUUGAGCAUCCGUGGCGGAUUGUUGUGCGCAGUUUUGCGGUGUUCUUACCUGGAGGAAGAGUUCUCUGGUUGGCUGUUUUAGGUUGAUUCCAUGAUUACGUUAGCAUUUAGCCUUGUAAAUCUUAAACGUUUUACAAUAUUGAAUCUAAGAAAACAUGCGUUCAGACUUUCUGGAAUGUGUCCAGAUUUGUUUAUUCUGUAAGGUUUCUUUGUUAUGUUUUGUUUUUAAAUGAGUUGAAAUGAAUCCCGCUGAGCAUAGGAUGAGAAUCGGUGUCAUUGGAAAGAAGAAGGAAGGACUUCCUGAUCUUCAGGAAAUUUCCUGGUGAACUUCCGGUUGAACGCGUGACUUGUGGAAUAGUCUAAAUAUUCCGUCGGGGUGACGUGGAAUGAGUGAACGUUCAUAAACUGUCAUGGAAAAUGAUGUUUCAAGUGUGAGACGCUGAAGGGUUUCAUGCUUUAAUGCAGAAUUAAUAUGAUUUCUGAAGUAUCUUCAUGCCAUCGAGAUUCUAUUCCAUGGUAAGGUGUAGUAAUAGUGGGCUUGGAUGGGCAAAAAUGUGUUUUUAUAAAUGCUUUACGAUAUUUAUCAGGAAAACGCCCCUAGUUUGUUGUGAAUGACACUUCAAAUGUCUUUUACCUUACGUACAGUAUGUAUUUAAUUCUACUAUAUGUAAUAUCACAAAUGGCACCCCAAUCAUGGAGUCACCCUUUAGCUUAGCCAAUCAGACCAGGAGAAGAGAAACAGAAACUAGCCAAGCCAGUCACUGUCUAGACGGUCUCUAAAGUUACUUUUACAUGUCCGCUUGUUCUGUUUUCACUUCUGCUCCACUGAUCUAGAAAGCAUUAUUUAUAUCUUUGGCCUUUUAAACUGGUUACCUAGUUCGUUUGGCUGUGUAUGCUUCUGCGAUACGUCAGUGGUCAGCUGUCGGUCUUGCCACGCGUUCGAGUACUGGUGCUAAUUUUGUACUCUAACAAACUUCACUCGGCCUAGCAAAGUUACCCAAGUCAAGUCAUCGAAGGCAUGUAGGAAUGCAGACUGAAGGGGAAAAUAGAUCCCGGACCACUUACAUAUUCAUUCUGGGGGGGAAUGUGUUUCCUUUGUUUUCGUCGCACUGCAAAUUACAACCUCAUCCUAUAUACUUCUACUUCACGCACAACGAAUGAACCUGUGAUCAAAAACAAACGUACAGCCUUAAAGAUUUGACCGUCGUACUCUUAACCUGUGACGACUUGAGAACGAUUUCUCUGAAUUAUCGUUAAUGUUCUGCUAAUUUAGCAAAUUUCCGGACGGAUCGGAAGCGUUUCGGUCCGUGCGUUAUCGGCCGUGCGGACUUGUAUGAUUAGUCCGUUGUGGCGUUUGUGACUUUGCGUCGUCUUUUGUGCGAUUUUAGUGCUUGUGUAAAGCAGGCUUGGUUCAAGCGGUGGUGUCAAAAUGGGAACGGAUUGAAAAGUGCCCACACGGUCGUAUCCGUCGCGCACGCUUAACACAGAAAUGUGGGUUUUGACUAAUGUUGGAUAAAGUAACACUAUUAACAACGAAUUACAUUUUUAUUUAAUGGCAAAAUGCUCACUGACCUAUGCAAGGAAUAUUAUGUUCUCAGUAAUGUAGCACAAAUAUAGUGCUUAUGGACAAUCUGUUCAAUGUUAAAGAUGUUAAACCCGGAUAUGUGCGACGUAUCCAUUUCAAAUUAGAUUAUAUACUGUAUAUUUUAGUAAGUUAAAUCACGUACAUAUUUUUUUUUAAAUGAGAUUUUUAUUAGAUUACUUUAGAUUAUAAGUAAUGAGCCGUAUGUAUGUUUUAAGCUACUGUCUGGUUUUUCCCCCCUCUUUGGUUUUGGAUUGCACAUAUUUAACAGGAAGAAAAAAAAAAACAAGAAUAAAUAUUUCAUAUUUUGA